AAAAUCAGAAAUCAGAGAGCAUAAGCAAAAGAUGGGGCACGUUGAAAGUGGAGCGAGAUUUUUGGUUGCACUUACAGUCCUCGCUCUUCUUCUUGUUCUGUCGGCAGCCACCGACGGCUAUAGAUUGGUGACGGUCCGCAAGGACGGGCUGGGGGACUUCACGACGGUGACGGACGCCGUUAACAGCAUCCCGUCGGGGAACAGUGAGCGCGUGGUGGUGUGGAUCGGCUUCGGCGUGUACCGCGAGAAGAUAAAGAUAGAUAGGUCGAAGCCAAUGGUUACGUUUCAGGGCGAGAUGGGUUUCUUCAACCAGAUGCCCCUCAUAACCUACAACGCCACCGCCUUACACUACGGCACAGUCGAAAGCGCCACCGUCGCUGUCGAAUCCGACUACUUCAUCGCUUCAAACAUUGCCUUUGAGAACUCGGCUCCUAUGCCAGAUGAACACAGCGUUGGAGCACAAGCGGUGGCGAUGACGAUAGCGGGGGACAAUGCUGUAUUCAGUAACUGCAAGUUCCUUGGGUUUCAGGACACUUUGUGCGAUGAUAGAGGCAGUCAUCUCUUCAAGAACUGCUACAUAAGAGGCACCUACGACUUCAUCUUUGGAAAUGGAAAAUCUGUCUACUUGAGAACUACCAUUGAAUCCGUGACAAAGGGUUUGAGUGUUAUCACAGCGCAAGGUAGGGAAAGCCUCACAGAUGACACUGGAUUUACUUUCGUGGACUGCAAUAUAAUUGGAGGUGGUAAUGGAAACACUUACCUUGGACGUGCAUGGAAGAAGAGCCCUAGGAUCGUCUUUGCUAACACCUACAUGGGCCCACUCAUCAAUAGUCGAGGAUGGUUAUUAGACGACCAACAUCCUCAAUCUGAAUCCAACCAGACAAUCUACUAUGGAGAAUAUAUGUGCUUCGGACCAGGAGCUGUUCCCUCUGGCCGCGUAAAAUUUCGCAAGACAAUGUCAUAUCAAGAUGUACUUCCCUUCUUAAGCAAUGCAGAAUAACCUCCCAAGUCCCAACCAGUCAUACAAAAUUCACAUGCAUGCGUUAUCAUUGUAAUUUGCUAGCUAGCUAGCUAGUACCACCUACGUCAUCACCAUAGUCUUUAGUUUUAAAUCUUUUAUAUUUUACUUUAUCAUUUUAUGUAUUAAUUAGAUUUCCACUCUUAAUUUUCUUCCCCAUUCCCACUGACU